UGUGCAUACAUGACGAUAUCAUUCUGUUGAUUGUGUGGUGUAAUAUUUAGAGGAAUAUUGCUGCUGCAGAAAGAGCAAGAGUAACUUUGCUGGUAUCAAACUAGGUGAAAGUGUAAAAGUAACUGAUAGCAAGAAUUGCCCAAUUUAGAUGUUGAGCUGAUACUUUAGCAACUUGUGGAAAUACUGAGUUGAGAGUGAGAAUGUGAGUAUAUUGUAGUUUAAAUUCACCUUAAUGCAUUUGAACAAUACCUGAACAAGCUUCAGGUCGUUAUGGCAGGCUGCACUCAUCUCUUUUUCUCUUUACAAGAAAUACUAUAUUUUGUGUGAUCAGUGCCAACAAACUAGCUCAGCUACACGUUACACCCUGUAGAAUGUAACAUACUAGUAGCAGUAAAUACAAGCUUUUAAUUGUCGGAUUUUCCAACAGUGGUGGAUGACCUGAGCGGCACUCAUUACUUUUUACACACUAGUUUUCCAUGGCCAACCAUGGACUGUUAUCACAUCAGCUUAAAUUCUACUUGUCUGAGAUGUCUUAUCUUAUCUUCUGGUGGUUCCCAGUGUGAGUAGUCUGGCUGUUGACUGAAUAGGCAAUGAAUAUGUUUAAAGAUGCUAAAUAUUAACCUGAUGUGGCUAUGGCUGGUUACAAAGAACCAUCUGAAAAGUCCUGAGAAACUGAAACUUUCAAAAAAAAUACUUGGCGGGUGAUUGUCUCUCACCUCUUACCUUGCGGGGCAGCUGGAACACGGGAGAGUCCUCAUUAAGAUGCUGAUUGGUCCGUACUAAAGGUGGUUUGGACGUAACAAGAUUAAUUAUCGCGUGAUCUCAUGAUCUCGUGAAUUCAUCUGCCUUGUAAGCAAAGCCAAAAAUUGUGUAAAUAUAGUCGUGCUGGGGAGGUUUAGGGUGGGUAUUGAACAUACAUGUGAUUUUAUUACUUCAUAAAGGAAACAAGUUUUCAUUUUUAUCAUUGCAUAUACUCAUUUUAAAUUGAACUGACAUUUUACAAAUCAAAAGAUGGAUUUGCUUUCUUAGUAUGUUAUACUAUUGAGUAUGACACCUUAAUUGGCAAUAGCCAGUAAAAAAAAAAAAGAGAAAAUAAAUUUGAGUAUUGAUGGUGAAUUUAAUAUCUUGUAUUAUUUCAGGUCACAGUUCACCUUCUCAGACCAGGUGAUACCAUUUAAACCAAUCCUCCCCAAUUAAGGCGCAGGUGUGCAUUAACGACACACCUAGCACUCAUCCCUCAUUGUGUCUGCUUGUUUUUUACGACUUUUUAUUUUACGUUUUUAUGUUUUAACGUCGUGGUCAACCCGUGGCAGAAAAGGCGUGAACAAACUUCGAGCCAGAGGUCACACUCAGUGGUUAGCAGUUAGUAUUAACAGUAAUUCAGUCCGCACAAAGUUGAGACCAGGAGGGAGAGAAAGAUUCUUGUUCCUACUAUGGACAGUAUGCUUGACAGUCUCUCAAAAACUGAGUUUAUCAGCAUUUGUGUUCGGGAUCCAAGGUUCCAUAGAGAUGACCUCUGGCACCAGUAUGUCGACUAUGAAAUCUGUUUACAUACCAAUAGCAUGUGUUUCCGAAAGAAGACUUCCUGCGUGAGGCGGCGUUACAGUGACUUUGUUUGGCUGCGUCACUGCUUGGAACGGAAUGCUUUGAUCAUAGAAAUGCCCAAGUUGCCACCCUGGAACCCAUUCUUCAGUCUAAGGAACACAGACCAGGUCACCCAGAGGAUGAAGGGCCUGCAGGAGUUUUUAGAAAUUGUUCUUCGUACGCCAUUGUUAUUAUCAGACAGUCGACUCCACCUGUUCCUGCAGUCAGACCUCAGCCUUACAAAGAUAGAGAGGUGUGCUCUUGGUAAGACCAGGUACACUGUGGCUGAAGCCGUACAGCGUUCCAGCAGCGGUUACAUCAGUAGGUUAGAGGACAAGGCCUCUUGUGACUCUGACUGUGAAAGCUCUUCAUCGUCGGGCUUGGGGCUAAGUGUGGACACUACAAUGCCAGGAAGCCCCCCCCCGUUCUUGGAGUCCUGAUAGUCAUUCAGCUGUCUUCCAGGGGCCCCCAACAAAGAACAACUCAUUGAGCCCUGAGGCACAGGAGAUGGACUUACCCACCUCUGUUUCUGUUUGGACAAAGAUAAUCUAUAUAUAUCAAUUUAUUUAUAUUUCAUGGAGGUAAUGUCUGUCUUAGUUAACCUUCCAAAGAGCAAAAAGAUUUUACUUGUUUGCUUCACUACUCCCCUUAAAUUUGUUUUCUUUUUUAAUAUGCUUUAGUUUUCUCAUAAAGCGAUACCUUUGUCAUUUAAUUCAGCGUGUACUUAAAAAAAUAUGUUUUUAAAAAAAAAUGUAUAGAAUACAUAUUGGUAAAUUCUUAAAUUUGUUUUGUAUAUGUAUAUUUUUAUCUGCACUGAAGCUGUACUGAGGUUAGCAAGGGAUGUUUUGAAUUGUUAGACAGGUUUUUUUUUAAAUAUUUGAGAAUACUUUUAUGACUUAUUAAUGGAUGAAUAAACUGUCUUUUGUUUUUUUUGAA